UGAAAGAGAAACAUAGAGGAAAAGAGAGCCUGUUUGCUGAGAGACAAGAGAGUGAAGAAUCCGGAAGGAGGGGUUGCAAAAGGGAGAUUUUUUAUUGGAAGCAGUUAAAGUGGUUGCUAUGAGACCUGCUCCAGCAAACAGAGGCACAGCAGCUAGCCUGAAACUGAUUGUUCUUAUCUCUUUUACAAAAUCUUUCUUUUUACACAGUUUUUGAGUUGUUUAAUAUCCUAGCAAGCACCUGACAGUGGGGUGUGUGUGUGUAUGUAUGUGUUUUCCCCAUCGUGCUCUUUCUUCCCUUCUUUCUCUCUACUACUUCUUCAGUCCUUGCUGUAAGAUGGAGAUAGAGAAUGAGACCAUCUGCUCCUCAGGCAGCUCCUCAGGAGGGUCCAGAGAGUACAAGGUGGUGAUGUUGGGAGCAGGGGGAGUUGGUAAAAGCGCAAUGACAAUGCAAUUUAUCAGUCACCGGUUUCCUGAUUAUCAUGAUCCCACCAUAGAAGACGCUUAUAAGACCCAGGUUAGAAUUGAUGAUGAGCCCGCAUAUUUGGACAUUUUGGAUACUGCUGGACAGGCAGAAUUCACAGCCAUGCGGGACCAGUACAUGAGAGGUGGAGAGGGCUUCAUUAUAUGCUACUCUGUCACUGAUCGACAGUCCUUCCAGGAAGCUGCUGGGUUUAAAGAGCUCAUUUAUCAGGUCCGCCACACCUAUGACAUUCCUUUGGUGCUAGUGGGGAACAAAAUUGAUCUGGAGCAGGCCCGGCAAGUAUCCACUGAAGAAGGCUUGAGUCUUGCACGAGAAUACACCUGUGCAUUCUUUGAGACAUCAGCAGCUCUUCGCUUCUAUGUCGAUGAUGUUUUUUAUGGUUUAGUGAGAGAAAUCCGCAAGAAAGAAUCCAUGCCAUCCCUAAUGGGAAAACAGUUGAAAAGAAAAGACAGUCUUUGGAGGAAGUUAAAGGGCUCCCUGAAAAAGAAGCGGGAAAAUAUGACAUGACCACUUAGUCUAUAACCAACUGAUUCAUCCUUACUCUCUCUACAGAGUUGAUCAGUCUGACAAUUACAGAUGUAGUAAAUCAUUAUACAACCUCUGACUGUCAACAUGAUUUUUCCUUUUUCUUCAACUGCCCAUAACUAAAAGCUAGAUCUACACAUAUGUAUUUCCUUAGGUGAUUCUGUUUUGUCUUUAAGAUUUUGAUGGAUUUUGUCAAUCCACAGAGUAGGUUCCUUAUUUUUUACAAUAUAUCACUAAAUAAAAUUGACAUUCCAAUUGCUUCAUUUCCCUUUAAAGAGUCUGACUUCAUUUGGUAUGCUGUCAACUUAUGGAGAAAAUAUUCAAAAUCAUGUCUGCAAUGAUAAAAGGCUCUAGGGAUCUGCUGUUGCCUGAUAAGACCAGGAUUGUUUGUGUACACUAAGAAGCUCAGUAAAUAAUAAAGAAGCCCAGGAAAGCAAUCAGGGCUGAAGUCUCUCUCUCCAUCUUUCCUGAAGUGUAACAAUCACUGAGCCUUCUUCUGGAGUGCUCCCCAGAUGAGCCUCAGGAAUGCUUUAGGGAAUUAUUGAUAGUAAUUACCAGUGGGGGAAUCAACAGAAACAGUGGAAUUAGCUCAGUCUUGUAGAUCCCUAAACUCCUCAGCAGACCACUUUGAUGAGAACAGAUUGUUUCUUGGGAGGACAGAGGCUUUUAAUGGUGAGAAUUGCAUGUAACUAAAGUAAUAAUAUGUUUUUUUUCUUAAAAGGAGAUUUUCUUACAGGAUUACACUGCCUG